AUGCCAAAGGUUUCAAGGAAUCACAGAUAUAAAUUUAAAAAAGAGCCUCCAGAAGGAUUUUCAAAAAUCGAGCAUGCAUUAAACUCCUUUUCUGAAAAGAUGAAGGAGGCAGAGAAACAAACAUUGGAGGUAAAUAGACCGAAAUAUGAAAGUACGUGGAAAAUCACGAUGUUGAACCAUCAGAGAUCCAGAUAUAUUUUUGACCUAUACUACAAAAGAAAGCUGAUCAGUCGAAAGCUUUAUGAUUGGCUUAUAGCGAAUAAGUUUGCAGAUAAAGAGCUCAUUGCCAAAUGGAAGAAGAAGGGAUAUGAGAAAUUGUGCUGUUUACAAUGUAUACAGGUAGGAAAUACAAAUCAACAGACAACUUGCAUAUGUCGUGUGCCAAAAGCAUCCAUGAAUGGGAGUGAUAACGAGCAAGGAAAACACAUCCGUUGUAAGAAUUGUGGGUGUCGAGGCUGUGCAAGUACCGAUUGA